UCAUUUCAAUCCAAACUCAAAUUCAUCUGAUGAAGAGCCUGAUUGUAAUUCUGAAGAAUUGCAUUCUACUAGAUUAAAUAGCUAUAGUUGUGAUCACAAUCAUGGUUGCAGUUGUGGUCACAGUCGUGGUCACCCCAAAUUAAGCAAUACUACUUCAAAUAACCAACAAAAUUAUACUAUCCAACAAAGUAAGAGCAAGUGUGGUAGAAGCUGA